AUGAAGCCCGCAGUCAUUCUCUCCCUCUUCGCCACUGCCGCCCUAGCUGCGGACGAGGCCUGCUCAAGGACGAACAAGGAGAACAACAACGUGUACUACUACUUUUACAAGGCCACCCCGGGCCAGCCCACAGGCUACCAGUGGUGCUACGGCUUCUACGACAAGCUUGCGGCCUAUUGUACCAUUUCGUCGAAGGGCUGCUCAACCUUUGCCGGCACGGUGCCGUCUACCAGUCACUCGAGCUGGACAUUCCUCGUGCCCAACACGUGCACGAAUGGGAAUGUGGAGACUGCAUGGCAGGAGUUCACAUCGGGCGAGUUUGGCACCUCCAACUGCGCUUAG